AUGGUCUCCCCAUCCCCCAUCAACCGCACCAUAAACGGUACCUCCACCCCCCCCGCCAACACAACCUCAAGUCCCCAAGCCAGCAACCCGACCCCCGCAACCCUCACCGCCGACGCUACCACCUCCCAAACUGCGCCCCAACCCAACAUUCCCGCACCCCCCACCUCAACCACCGACACCGGCCUCUCCAAACGCCCCCGCGACGCCCGCCUCAUCCACCUCGUCCUCGCCGCGCAGGGCGUAACCGCAUACCAAGAGCGUGUGCCCCUCCAACUCCUCGACUUCGCAUACCGCUACACGUCGGGCGUGCUAUCCGAUGCGCUGGCCGUGUCAGCUGAGGCGGCGCCGACGACGCGCGGCGGGAACACGCAUGGGGUGGGUGUUGCGCAGGAGGGGAGCGUGACGCUUGCAGCGUUGAGACUCGCAAUUGCGUCAAGGUUGAAUGCGCAGUUUGGGGGGCAGCUACCCAGGGAGUUUGUGAACGAGAUCGCGGCUGAGAGGAAUCGGAUUGCGCUGCCGAGGGUGGAGAGGGAGUUUGGGUUGAGGUUGCCGGAGGAGAAGUACUGUUUUACGGGGGUCGGGUGGGGGCUUAAGGAGGAGUGGGAUAGCGAGGUUGAGGAGGAAGAGGGGGAUGUGGGGGGCGCGGGAUUGGAUACUAUCAUGAGAGAUGAUGCGGGAGAGGGAGGAGGAGGUGAAGAUGAUGAGUUUGAGGAUGUUAUGGGGGUAGAAGACGGAGUGGAUAGGGAAAUGGCUGAUGCAUAA